AUGUCUUCCUCCCAAGGCCGCAAACGCUCCAGAUUAGCCUGUGAAACAUGCAGGGAGCUAAAACGAAAGUGUGACGGUAAUCAACCCUGUGGAGCUUGUGUCCGCUUCGAGUAUGACUGUAGCUACAACUACAAGCAGAACAAUGCCAACAAGAGGAGAAAAAUAACCGACCAAGAUAAAGAAGCUCCUCUUCCCUCACCUCCAGUUCAGGUGGAAAAAGAUACCCGAUCACUAGCAUCGCCACAUCAACUUCAAUCUCUGGAAGCAAACUCUGGCGCUGCUUUUUUCAGAAGGUUGGCCUUGAGACUAGAUCCAAAGAAUGCUCCUCGCAUGCACACCUUUUCUUGGAAUGCUUUUCUUGGAGCAAGAAGAACUUCUCAGGUCCCUGUCUCGAGGCCCGUCACAGAGAUGCUAUCUCAGGAAGGAAUGGAAGGUCUUAGUGAAAUCUAUUUCGAAAAGCUGGAUCCUAUUUACGGCUUCAUCGACCGUGAUUGGAUCUCACGUAUCAUUCAGAACAGAUGGUCUGGUCUCAUGUUCGAUCAAUCUGAAGAUGCAGUUCUUUGCGGUAUAGCAGCCAUAGGUUGUUUGUUCUCACAAGUUGAGCCACUACCACUGGAGCUUGACUUGAUAGAAUCCGCAAGAUUCAUCCUUGAACAAAACAUGUCGGAUACUCCAUCCGUUACAGGCGUCACAGGUUGGCUACUUCGAGUGAUAUAUCUAAGAACUGCCGAGACACCACAUAUGGCUUGGAUGGCCAGUUCGAUUCUCAUGCACAUGCUAGAAGCAGCAGGUCUACAUUGCGAACCAAGUGAAGAAUCUGUUUUCCAAGUAGCCGAGGAAAAGGUCGAUUCAGAACUUCGAAGAAGACUUUUUGCUGUUUCAGUGCAUUUGAAUAUUUGGAUUUCUUUCGACAUGGGUCGGUCUCGGACAAUUCUCUGCAACUCAACUUUAGAGAUGCCAUCGACAAGAGAAGGGGACUACACUAUCGAAAUUACGGAGCUUUUACCAUACUCUACGGACCUCGAUCCAAACAAAACCCAUGAUGCCGCUGAACUCGAGGCUUCCCUAUCCGCAGUCCUCAACCGUGUUCACUCAGUUCCUCCUUCCAUCAUGGCUCAGUGCAACUUGACGCUUUGCCUUUGCCGCCGGUUACAAUCCAUGAACACGUCUUUCACUGGCAAGACUCUCGAACAGAUACUUUCCAUCACUCAAAAGGGUAUCGAAGCUGCUCAAGCCAUCAUUGACGCUCGCGCUCCGUGGCAUCAAAUGGCCAACGUGCCCUUCCAAAUAAUCUGUUUACUUCUAGCGAUUGAUACAAGAGAAUCGUUAGCACAGCUAAACGAUGCAAUGCAGUGCCUCAACAACAUCGCUACUGUGUACAACACCAACGCUACAAAAGAGGCGUUGAACACGGCAUCUUUGCUCAUUUUAAUGCAGCAACGACGCAAGGAGAAGUGCGCAUCAAAUUUGAGCAAUAUCGUAAAAAGUUUCCCUAUUCUUCCUCUCUCUGAGACUCAAGAUGAAGCUCCUCUACAGCAGGUGGAUGAUAUGAGGUGGUUCAAUAAUUUGGCAGGAGAACUGUCAGGCUUUGACUAUUCGGACCUGGAUCGGUUUCUUUCUCAAAGCAUGUUUUGA